AUGGCUGAAUCUCAAUCUUCGAUCAACACGCCGAAACACGAAUUGAAUUGGGAUGAUUGGAACUCAUCCGACAAGCAUGUGAUCACAAAAAUGAAAGGUUUAAUCGAAACAUUGAAAAGUCAAGAAGUUGAUGCUGUUACUCUUCUGCCAGAAUUAGAAAUUGGCUUCGCUGCUUCAAUUCAUAUCUUUGGUCAAAAUGGCCGUGAUCUAUGUAAACCCGAAGUAGUCUCAACAUGA